AUGAAAUACUGCAUCUUGACACUUCUCCUGGGUCUACUGAUAAUCCCUGUAACUGCAAAUAUACCUGAGGGUUCUUGUGAUGGAUACACAAAUGUUACUGAACCAUGGCGCAACAAAGCAUUUACAUCCACUGGCUUCCCUGGUUUUCCCAAGGGGGAUAAUCUUCUCGGUGACAAGUGGCGGCGUUUCAUAGGGAUUGGUGGAGACAGAGUUUUUUCAGAUUGUCAUGAUAACUGUACGGAAGACUCCUGUGGACCUCUUGCUAAAUGUGACAUUCAAGGAGGUUGCAUCUGUAUCAGUGGGUAUGAAAUCCCACGAGAACACCUCCCCACACCAGAAUCAUAUGGCUGCACUGGUCUUCAAGAUGUUCUGGAUGGGAUAACACCCAAAGAGGUAAGAACAAGACAAGAAAAAAGAAGAAGAAAAGAGAGAGCGUUUCUUGACUACGUGGACGAUGACCUGAAAAACAAUGAAGGAACAGUCCUACCAGAAGUGACUGUUGAAAACUGCUUCGCAUCAUCUAUGGAAGUGUCAGGUGUUGGUCCUCAUGCCAGGUCAAUUAAGGUGAGUAGUGAAGGAGACGGGGACACUGGCAGUGCGAUCCUGGGCAUCUCAGACCGUUUAGUUUCUGCGAUGGUGGAGCCAGGUCAGAACCAUAGGACAAAGAACUUAAAGAGUUCAACAGUGGACUUAAGUCUAGAAACCUUUGGACCUGGAGGCAAAGCAAAGAGCUCUUCUCUCACAGCCAAUGGAAACACCAUGGAAAUCAACAUGGGAACUUUGGCCGAAAACAACAAUGGUUCUGCAGCAGCUGCCUUUCUGACUCUUCAUGGGAUGGAGAGUCUUCUCAGUCAUCAAUACUUUAAAACAGAAAACAGGACAGAGAUGUACUCUGAUGUUAUUACUGCAGUCCUCCCCUCAGUGAACAACACCAACCUCACAGAGCCUGUCAACUUCACCGUUCAACACAAGAAGGUGUCAAUGAAUCAAACAAAAUUACCUGGAGAUGGUAUGGUGACAUGUGUGUACUGGGAGGGCAAACCAGAGGAAGCACAAGGUGGUAAAAAAACAGGAGGAAAGACCAGUACCAUGCGUUGGUCAGUGGAUGGCUGCUGGGUUGCAUACACUACUGAUAACUACACAGUGUGCAGCUGCUCUCAUCUCUCCACAUUUGCCCUCAUCAUGCAGAUCGGGGAGCCUCCACCAGAAGAUGAUUUCUUAGAGUGGCUGAACCGAAUGUGUGUGAUUGUUGGAUUCUUCUUCUUUGCUUUGGCCAUUCUCACCUUCCUCCUGUGCAGCUGGAACCCCAAAAUCAACAACACAGCCCGUCUUCACCUCUGCCUCAGCCUCUCAUUAUCACACCUACUGCUGCUGUGGAAUGAAAAAUAUGCUGAACGAGAGCUGGCCUGCACCGUCAUGGCAGGGAUUCUCCACUUCUUAGUUGUUGCAAGUUUCGUGUGGAUGCAGCUGGAAGCAGUGCAGCUGUACCUGCUGGUCCGCAGACUCACUAAGGUGCAGGUGAUCCAGAGAGAUGGCCUCCCCAGGCCACUUCUGUAUGUGAUUGGCUACGGUGUUCCUUUUGUGAUUGUAGGCGUCUCUGCAUUGGUGUAUUCUGAUGGAUAUGGUGCCACUGAGGCAGGCGCAUGCUGGUUGUCACAAAAACGUAACUUCAAUUGGGCUUUAACUGGACCAGUGAUUACUAUCCUUGCACUCAACUGCAUGGUAUUCUGUGCUACUUUAUGGAGUCUGAGAACCACCUUGGCCAACAUGAAGAGUGGUGUCUCUCAGUCCACAGAUACAAGGUUGAUAGUGUUUAAGAUCGUGGCCCAGUUUUUCAUCCUGGGCUGUACCUGGAUUCUUGGCCUGUACCAGACCAAUGUUUUCUUCCGGGUUCUCUUCAUAAUUCUCAACUCACAACAGGGAACCUUCCUCUUCAUCGUCCACUGUUUACUCAACAAAGAGGUGAGAGAGGAGUACAUGAAAUGGCUGACCUGUUGCAGUAAGAAAAGUGAACAAAGAUCUGUGAAGGAUGUGGCAUCAGUCUCAGAGGAUUUGGACAAGACCGAAGAACAGACACAUGGUGGAAAAAACAAAGACUGCUAAUUGUGAAGAAAAUAGUGCAAAUAUACAAA